AUGGCUCGCCGUACGCAGAAGGUCGGCAUCACCGGCAAGUACGGUACCCGUUACGGUGGUUCGCUGCGAAAGUCAAUCCGCAAGCAAGAAAUCUCCCAACAUGCAAAGUACACUUGCACAUUCUGCGGCAAGGAUGCAGUGAAGCGAAAGAGCGUCGGCAUCUGGGAAUGCGCGAGGUGCAAGAAGAGCAUCGCCGGCGGUGCCUACACACUUUCCACGACGACUGCUGCCACUGUGCGAUCGUACGCUCUCUUCUUCUGA